CUCUGCGUCGCGCACUGAGACGUCAUCAGCUCGCCGGAACUGGAGGGUAGUUUUGAAUCUGUCGCUUUAGCGCCUGGUGUUGAUGUUAAUUUGCUGGUUAGACUGUAGUUUAAAGAUGAUUUAGAGGUUAUAAUGAGUUAUAAACACACACACACACACACACACACACGCGCUUUAGAGAAGGAUGAAGGUUAUGAAUUCGGUGGUGUUUGGUGCUGACGCCGUGCUGCAGUGUGUGUAACUGCGUGUUUAUGAGAUUGUACACAGGUGAUUAUAGAGGCGUUAUAGCGCGUUAUGGCGAGUGUUCACGAGAGUCUGUACUUUAACCCGAUGAUGGUGAACGGCGUGGUGCAGGUGAAUAUAUUCGGCAUUAAGGACUGGGUGACUCCGUAUAAGAUCUCAGUGUUAGCGCUGCUGUAUGAGAUGAGCUCAGCUAACAAACACAUGGAGCUGCUGGACAGGAGGAGACUCAACAAACUCAUCUUACCUUUACAACAGGGCCCAGAUGUGACGUUUGAGCAGUUCCUGAGCUCAGUAGAAGAGUGCUGUCCUCUCAUCGCCAACACUGUCAAACACAGGUUGUGUACGAUGGCAGACAGAGAGCUGCAGGACAUGGAGCACUUCUUCGCUGAGUUACCGAGCGCCUUCACCGACUCUGAGGCGUUUAAGACCAGCGUUGUGGGGUUGUUUAUGCGUCAGAUGUUGUUGGCGUAUAAUAAACUCUCCUUCAGUCAGGUGUAUAAACUCUACAAGGCCCUACAGCAGUACUGUCGCCGCGGGCAACGACCCCGACACGACCUCUCCACCCUCGCUAACGAAGACAUGGAGCUGAGCGCGAACGAGGACACACUCGCCAACAUCACGGAGAAAACUGAGCCGGACACACACACGCUGCACCAAUCAGAGCUCCGGGGUGAUGAGAGUCGCGGUCCUCUCUCUCAGAAACAGGCUGAGUAUUUCCUCGCUCGACAGGCGUACAUGUUGAAGAACGAUGAGAACAAAGCCAUGAGUCCAGAUAAACUGCAGGACGAACUCAACAACAUCCUGAAGUUUAACCCUGACUUCGCUGAGGCGCACUAUGUGAGUUACCUGAACAGUAUGCGUGUUCAGGACGUCUUCACCUCCACACACAGUCUGCUGCACUACUUUGAUCGUCUCGUCCUGUCCGGUGCGGAGGGGAAAAGUAACGGAGACGAGGGAUUCGGACGCAGCCUUCGCUACGCCGUCCUCAACCUGGCAACCCUGCACUGCCGCUUCAACCACUAUCAGCAGGCUGAUCUUGCUCUUCAGGAGGCCAUCAGAAUCGCUCAGGAAGCAAACGACCAUGUCUGCCUACAGCACUGUCUGAGUUGGCUGUACACGUUGGAGCAGAUGAAGGGAUGUGACAGUGCGGUUCUGACUGAAGACUCUGUUAAAAUGGCUGCAUAUUUCUGUUUAACAUAUUUAGCGUGUCUGGGCGUGCAGUCUCUGGUCCAGCGGGGGGCGCUGCAGGGUUUCUCAGCCCCUCAGCUGCUCGAUGCUCAGCGUCAGACCGCCGUGCUGCUGUGGAAACACAGUCUGAACGAGCUGAUCGAGAUUAGUCUGGCUCAGAGCGCCUCCCUGUGGAGCAUGUACGGCAAGAGUACGAUGUCUGUGCAGCAGUCUCAGCUCCUGUUGAACAUGAACAGUUUGGAGCCGGUGAAUUUCAGCGUUCAGCAGAACAACACGGAGCCGUUCACCAUCGCGCUCUGUCACCUCGCACAGCUCCACGCCGACCAGGGUCUGUACGCUGCCGCGAGUGACAUCAUCAAACACCUGAAGCAGCAGUUUCCUCCUCACACUCAACACGCUAAGAUCUGGAUGCUGUGUGAUCUGAACAUUCAGUUUGAGAAAGCGAUGAAUGAUGGGAAAUAUCACGUGGCCGAGCCUCACGUCACCGCCAUCUCCGCCCUGAACAGCACCGAGGGGCUCUACAGGAAAGCUCAGCUGUUAAAGGCUUUAAAUCGGACAUCAGAAGCUUCCAAAGUCCUGCAGCGUCUACAGCAGCUGUGUGAGAAGAACAAGAACACUGAGAUGAUCAUCAGGGUGAUGUUGGCCACAGCAGAGCUGCACUGGGACUCGUGUGGAUUUUCGGCGGCUCUCCCGCUCCUGCUAAAGGCUUUAGCGCUCACACGCCAGCACAACCUGCAGAGACUCGAGUGUAAAACUAUACUGCACCUCGCCUACACACAGCUGAUGUUAGGGAUCCCGGAGCAGGCUCUCUCGCUGGUGUGUGGUGUGUUGGAGUGUGUGUUAGCCCACGGUGCGCUGAUGGAUAAAGCUAAAGCUCUGCUGCUGAUGGCUCGGUGUCAGGUGGCUCUAACUGCAUCUGCCUCAGAGGAACACCGACUCACUGCUGUAGAGGCAGCGGUACACACUCUGGAUGAGGCCGGGUUUUAUUUCUCUCAGCUGGACUGUAAACAGCGUCUGCGUGAUGUUUAUUACCUGCAGUCUCGGCUGCACCACACGCUGGGAAACUCGGCCGAGCGCAACAAGUGUGCACUGAUGUUCCGCAUGCUGAACCAGGAGCUGCUGCACGCCCCGGCCACGCCCACUCACCACCUCUAACACACACACACACACACACGCCCCGGCCACGCCCACUCACCACCUCUAACACACACACACACACACACACACACACACACACGCCCCGGCCACGCCCACUCACCACCUCUAACACACACACACACACACACACGCCCCGGCCACGCCCACUCACCACCUCUAACACACACACACACACACACACACACACACACGCCCCGGCCACGCCCACUCACCACCUCUAACACACACACACACACACGCCCCGGCCACGCCCACUCACCACCUCUAACACACACACACACACACGCGCCCCGGCCACGCCCACCCACCACCUCUAACACACACACACACACGCCCCGGCCACGCCCACUCACCACCUCUAACACACACACACACGCCCCGGCCACGCCCACUCACCACCUCUAACACACACGCCCCGGCCACGCCCACUCACCACUUCUAACACACACACACGCCCCGGCCACGCCCACUCACCACCUCUAACACACACACACACACACACACACCCCGGCCACGCCCACUCACCACCUCUAACACACACACACACACACACACACACACACACACCCCGGCCACGCCCACUCACCACCUCUAACACACACACAUACACACGCACGCCCCGGCCACGCCCACUCACCACCUCUAAUACACACGCACGCCCCGGCCACGCCCACUCACCACCUCUAACACACACACACACACGCACGCCCCGGCCACGCCCACUCACCACCUAUAACACACACGCCGCCCACCACCUCUAACACACACACACACCCUGGCCACGCCCACCCACCACCUCUAACACACACGACCUGUAAUACACACACAACACAGAUCUGUAGUGAUAAACAAAGUGUUUGAACAUAAACAAGUGUGUUUUUAUUCGUGUGAAUAAACCGAGAGCAUUUCA